AUGAAGAAUUUCUCAGUGGAAUUUAUGGAGCAUCUCUGCUUUCCUGUCUGGAAUACAAGCUGUUCUCCUCUCUCUCAUUUGAAUUAUAUCAAUAUAUUGUUGUUCCUCUAUAUAUCUGUAAUGUCUGUACUGACUGUGUGUGGAAACCUACUUGUUAUCAUCUCUAUUGUCAUUUUUAAGCAACUGCACACACCAACCAAUCUUAUCAUCCUCUCACUGGCUGUCUCGGACUUCUUAGUGGGAAUUUGCGUGAUGCCUGUUGAAAGCUUUAGAAGCAUUAAUUUUUGUUUUCGAAUGAAAAGGGUCCAAUGUCAAAUUUUUCAUUAUAUAAUGUCUAUUCUUGGGUCUGCAUCCCUCAUCAACAUAUUGUUUGUAGCUAUUGAUCGUUAUUUUGCUGUGUGUAAUCCGCUCCAGUACAUCUCCAAAAUGACCAUCAGAAGGACACUGGUCUGUAUAAGUUUGGGUUGGAUUGUGUCCAUCUUCUAUAAUCUUAUGAUUGUGGAUUUUGGUUCAACCCAAUCAGGAGUAACUGUGGUCUGUCUGCGAGAGUGUGCCGUGCCUGUGAGCGAGGCUCGGGGGGGAGUAGAUUUAAUAAUCAGCUUCAUUUCUCCGUUUACAGCGAUGAUUAUUAUGUAUGUAAGAAUUCUCACAGUGGCCUUCAGGCAAGCUAAAGCCAUUUCCAACAUAGAAAAGGAAAAUGUGUCUAAGAAAAAUCAAAAAUCAUCCAGGAAAUCUGAGAUGAAGGCAACUAAAACAUUGGGCUCAGUUGUGUCCUUGUAUAUCAUUUGCUGGAUUCCCUUUUUUAUAACUUCACUUAAUAUGAAGUAUUUUCAAAACUCAUCUGUGAGCUUUCCUGCUUUACUUUGUUUAUUUUACACUAAUUCAUGCAUCAACCCAUUUAUAUAUGCAGUGUCUUAUCCAUGGUUCAAAAGGUCAAUGAAACUUGUGCUUACACUCAAAAUAGUGCAGACAGCAAAUAAGCAGUUUAACUUGUUUUCUGACAAUCCUUAA